AAGGUAGUGAACAAUAUAUCAUUUUCAUUUGAACAUUUAAAGGCUAUUGUCGCAGUAUUGUGUUUUUCAUUUAAAAUGGCUCUAUAUAUUUCUCACAGAAGUACAUUCAUUAUUUUUAUAAUAAGUAUAAAUAUUGUAUCCGUGGUGUGUUUGUUAUACGAACCAAUCAAGGAAAACCCUGUUAUUGAAAAUCAACAAAAAUUUACGUAUUUCAAUUAUUUAAAAGCACAAAAUGAAUUCCCAGAUAUGGAAAAACUCGAUGUAGAUCAAUAUUAUUACACUUAUUAUAAUGAGACAUAUUGGACUUUGCCUGAUCCACACAAUAAAUCUUAUCAUAGUUGGAAAAAUAGACAAACCUUAUAUUGUGACAAUGAGUAUGUAAGCCGUUCACAUUUUGAAACAACUUAUCAUAUCGCCGCGCUUGGAAAUAUUUUAAAUAACUUAAGAAAAUGUCUAAAUCGAACUAAUGUUUUUGAAGUAUUAAAUCUAUGCUGCGGUCUAAAUCGUACAAGUACAGAAGAACCUGUCAAUUGUUUAGCAUUAUUAGACGCACGUAACCAGAGAGAAGAGGCGACUGGGUGUUUUGAACCAUUUAAAACAGAAGUUUUAGAUUUGUUUGGAAAAAAACCAGAGCAUUUAAAAUUUACAGAUAAUUUAGAAUUUACAAAAAAUGAGGUUGGAAAAAGAGCUGAAAUUGCAUUUGGUAUUGCUACAACUCAAGUAAAUCCAGAUGAAUUCUAUGAUGGGGCUUUUGACGUCUUGUUAGCCAAUUAUAAAAAUGAUACUACAUAUACUGAUGAUACAGAUACGUUUAAAAGCGAAUGCUCAAAGAAAUUCGAAAAAUAUGGUUCAGUUGACUAUGACAAAUUGAAUUUGAACAAAAUUAAAACCUUGACCACCGGAAAGAAAUGGUUUUGAACAAAGAUUUUAUUGUAGCCGAAGCCCAACACUUCUAAUAGAAAGUUAUGGAAAUU